CUGCGUGCACUUCCGCAGGGUGAACCCCUGCCAGGUUGUUCUAUGUGAAAUUAUUUGACUUUGCCUGCCGCCUACUAGGGUGAAGGGUUUUUACCGUGCAGUGCACCUUGAGUUACUGGCUGACUGUCAAGACGGGAGAGAACCCCUGCUCCCCUCACAGGACGUUAAACCUCCACAAGUGCAAAAGUCCUGUGACCUUCCACUUACCUGUCACGUCGGACUCGCUGUGGAGAUGAGCCGUCCCAAGCUCACCCCUGCUUUACUCUUAGGUAGCAUGUUGCUUACGGCCAUCUCCUAAGUACUGAACGCCUCCCAGCCAGAGCUCAACAACCAAUAAGCAACUGCCCUCCCUGCUGCUCUCUCAAACCUCAUUGGUCGGCUAGGCAUCAUCAGAUUUCUCCUCUGCACCUCCCUAGCCUGGGUUGCGCAAAUCCUUUAUUUUAAAUGACCUCCAAAGUCAUAGUGCGACAGAAGCUCCAUUACAAAAUCCCCCUCCCCCCCAUCACAAAAAUUCUCCUACCCCACUGGAAGGUGGAAGGCAGGCGAUGCCUCUGAGUAAACACGAGGACAAAUGGAGUGUUUGCUGUAUCUACAGGCCGAGUCUCAGCCAAAACUGCUGCGAGCAAAUUAACAUUUAACCAGGCCUUCUCCAGAAAGUGCUCGUCCGGAGCACGACAGGCCUCCUCCGCUGGAUAUUUCAUCAUAUGCAUUCCACCGACAGCGUCGAUUAUGUAAAGCAGUCAGUCACAGCAGCUAGCGGGUGAGUAACUGAGAAAGCGUUGACCUUAUGCUUAUAUAGCGCUUUUCAAGACACCCAAAGCACUUUACAGAACCACUGGAGAGCCACUGCAACCACUAUCACUGUGCAGCACCCGCCUGGAUGCCAGUACGCUCACUGCACAGUAGCUAAGGUGGUGAAGGGGCAGGAGAGAAGUCACCAGUUAGAUAUAGGGGAUGAUUAGGAGGCCAGAUCUGAAAGGGCCACAGUGGUCAAUUUUAGCCAGGGCAUCAGGGUACCACCCCUACUCUUUCGAAAGAUGCCCAGGGGUCUUUUAUGACCUCAGACAGUCAGGAUCUCAGUUUUAAGUCUCAUCUGAAAGGCAGCACCAUUUUUACAGCAGUCUUGCUGUCACUGCACUGGGGCACUGGGAUCCACACUGACCACUGGAUGGACUCCCCUUGUUGGCCACACCUCUUCAAAACAUAAACAUAAACCUACCUUGAACUUAGCCCCAAUGCAAACCCUAUGCUUAGCUUUCACCAUAAUGGCAACCCUAAAUCUAAGCCUAACCCUAACCUAAACCCUAAUGGCAACCCCGACUCCAGCUCAAAUCCUAAAAGUAAUUCUAACUGAAAUGGUAGGUAGCUAAGCCCUGUGUGCUAAUUAUUCUUCUGUACAGAACAAAUCAAUGGGGAAGACAGAAAUGGACACGGUAAUAACAUUCUAAUGUCAUUCUAUGAUCCAGGCAGCAUGUAGCCUGAAAACUGUCCAGCUGGCCCAGUGCUGAGAUGCCACUGGCCAUGUUUUCAGGUUACGACGCCCGGAGCAAAGCAAAACCAGAACAAAUAACCCCUCCCAGCAUCCUGGCAUCUUCUGCGUGUUCUGUGUGUUUACGGAACAACUAAUGUAAUAAUAAAGCGAAGUCGAAACUGCUGCACAAUAUAUUCGGUACAUUUAAUUCUAGCACAUUCUAUAAAUGCCAAAAACAAUGCGGAAAAUACCAGGAAAAAAAAAUACGGAACUACCAAACAAGCUAUAGUCAGAUUCACAUUAAUACCCUAGAUUAGCACAGCAAAAUUUCACUGAAAAAUAUAUGUUCUGGUUCGUUCGCUUUUAAAAAUAACAAAGCGAAUAAAGAACAAUUUUAAUGUAGUAAAUUAUCCAUGAAUAUGGAAGAGAAACUCAGCAGUUACAUGUUUUUCUCUAUUCAAUAAGUUGAUGCCGAUUUUAGUACAAUCUGUGACCUUUGCUGAUUUAAGACGGGCUUAAAUGGGGGCUGGACUGCGUUUACUUUUGUGAUCCUUUUGCCCGCUGGAGCCUCAUGGAAUAACCUCAGGUGAAUGUGUCUGUUCAAAUCUGCCCGACCCAGUUAAUACUUAACCACUAGCUGCUAUAUAAAGCCCGACCUCCGGAGAGUCUGAGAUUCUUCUCACAAAGCGAAGCAGUGGUUACAGCUCUUCAUUACCAUCAUGGUAACGGUUCACUUGGACGCGAGGCUGGUUUUCCUCACGCUUUUCGUCGCUCUGAGCAGCGCAUUCCCCGGCCAAAGCGAGAGAGUGGAGGACCUGAUGGAGACCAGGUCCCGCUUCGCCAUGCUGGAGGACGUGCGCCUGGUGGCCAACGGGCUGCUCCAGCUCGGACACAGCCUCCGGGAGUUUGUGCACAAGACCAAGAGCCAGAUCACAGACAUCUUCCAAAAGAUCAGCAUUUUCGACACGUCCUUCUACCAGCUGUCAACCAUCACCAGUGAGAUCAAAGAGGAAGAGGAGGAGUUGAUGAAGACCACUGGCAUCCUGAAGGCCAGCAAUGAGAAGGUCAUAAACCUGUCACAGGAGAUCCACGCAAAGAUGAACAACAUCCUGGAGAACCGUAGUCAGCUUCAGCAGAAGGUGGUGGAGCUGGAGGAGAAGAUCAGUGUCUUAAUCCAUGACCCCCUGCCAGCAGACCAGAUGGAUGAGAUCUCUGCGCUCAAGGACGUAAUAGAUGCCCAGGAAAAGUCUAUCUCAGACCUGCUGAAGGCAGUGAGGGAGCAACACGAGCAGCUCAGUCAGCAGAAGAUCAAGAUAAAGAUCAUGGAAGAGAAGCUAACUGAGGGCACUUCGCAAGCGACUGCAAAGGAAGCCGUCAGAUUUAACCAGGAGCCUCUUGUAGGGAACCGGCUGAAUGCUUCAGCUAACGGGAGGCCCGACUUGAACGAUCAUCCCUCAGACUGCCAAGACGUGUUCGACAAAGGAGAGAGGAAUAGCGGCGUGUAUCUCGUCAAGCCAAACCAGUCUGAGCCUUUCAGUGUCUACUGCGACAUGACGGCAGAUGGAGGGUCUACAGUCAUCCAGCGGAGGCAGGAUGGGUCAGUGGAAUUCGACCAGACGUGGGAGAAGUACGAAAACGGAUUUGGGAGCCUUGAGAGAGAGUUCUGGCUGGGCCUGCGGAAGAUCCACUCCAUAGCCCGCCAAGGUGACUACAUCCUGCGCAUCGAGCUGGAGGACUGGAAACAGGGCCGGCGCUCGGCCGACUACCACUUCAGCCUGGAGGGGGCGGCCUUGCACUACGCCAUCCGCUUAAGACCGCUGAGCGGCAGCUUGGAAGAUGCUCUGGGCAAUCAGACCGGAAUGGGCUUCACCACAAAGGACAGAGACAACGACAACGAUGCUGAGGCCAACUGUGCUCACAGCUACACAGGUGGAUGGUGGUUCAACGCCUGUGGAGACGCGAACCUAAACGGGAAAUACAUCCACGGGAGGGCUAGGGGUCGAACAGAGAGAAGAAGAGGCAUGCACUGGAAGCCCAGUAGGGGGAGCUCCUACUCCAUCAGGACAACCAAGAUCUCAAUCCAUCCAGUGCCACAGGACAGAAGACCAAGCCAUUAAAGGCCCAUCACCCAUAUGGCUGAACUGCAAGAGCGGUGAAACACACAUGCUCAGUCUGGCGGGGGCUGAUUAUUAGUUAUUCCCCCAGCAAAAGUCACAUUUUUCGUAAGCAGCUGGCAAGUUUCCAGAAAAACCGCAGUUAUCCGGCCGAAAGAUCCCAACACGCGGUUUGGCGCUUAUGCUGUUCAGAAUCCAAAGCAAAGACAGCAUUACAGUCCCCUGUAAACAUCCGUGCAAGAUUCAGGAAAAGGAGACAAAUUGCCGUGUUUAUGACGUGGAACCACAAUAAUAGAGUCAAACCGCUUCAGGUUUGGGCUGAAGAUGGCACAAGGAUUUCUUACUGUGUGCUGAGAUGUCUGUCAGCUUCUAAAUUUGCUUGGGAUUUUAACCUAGCACUGUAUUUAAGUGUCGCAUGACAGUAACACAGAACAAAGAGAAUGUUAAAUCAUUCGCGUGAAUCACAGAAUUACUGAGUCACAUUGACUCUGUUCUGCAUGUUGUGCAUAUAAAUUUGUACUGUGAAUAUUUUCUUAUAAAUAUUGCAAAGAUGUGUUUACAAGUUCCUGUGGUAAAUCAUAUUUAUGAAGCUCAAAUAUUUAUGUUUUUUUUGGUUGGAUUUCCUUAAGUAAGGACCUCUGAUUUCCUGUAACCGAGGUACUGAAGGGUGCUGUAACUUUUGGGGUCCUCUGGUUCUGAUUGGACUGUUGGGGAUUCCAGGGUCCUGCUGUUGUACCGCUUUUAGAGAGACAUUUAUCUUGGAUUUCUAAAAAGUACCUCGCUGUGUAAACUAAAUGUGCACCUGUAUGCUUUACAAUACAAACUAAUAA